UUUUCUACACAUCUCAUAAUGUUUCUCUAAAAGUAUUGUUUCAUAAUUAUAGAUGGCGUCGCUUCUAAGGCGAAUUAUUAAAGUGGGACCGAAUCUUCACUAGUAGUGAUUAGCAAAGGGCGAAUCGAUCCGCUUAAUGCACGUAAUAAGGAUUACUAAAGAAUAUACCUCCAGCGCCGAGAUAGCUAUGUAUUAAACGUCAACGAUUAAAUUAGAUUGAUCCGCCGUAAUGGUGCUUGCUUUAGUAAUUAAAUGUACAACCGACAGAAGGCUAAACAUGAUCAAGCGAUUUGUGAUGGGUUAAAUAGUUUGUCAAAGUAUGCAGAAAGUUUCGGAGGCUGUGGUUUAUUGGUUUAUCUAUGGCUUAUUCCUACGUCUAGAUACAUCCGCUAUAAGUGUGAGGUUAGCUGGGAGUGGCAGUGAAUCAGAGGGGAGGGUUGAGGUGUAUUACCAGGGACAAUGGGGUACGGUAUGUGAUGAUAUAUGGGGUGAUGAGGAGACCAGGGUGGUGUGCCGCCAAUUAGGCUUCACAAGCGACUCUUAUUCUACUUUCACCGAUGCUUACUACGGACAGGGUUCUGGGACUAUCUGGUUGGACGGUGUAGAAUGUUUGGGGAGUGAAAGCUCUCUCGAGUAUUGCAACCAUCUCGGAUGGGGUGUUCAUAACUGUCAGCAUUCUGAAGAUGUUGGUGUCAAUUGUACCUCAAGCGGCAUUGCUACUGAUACAGUGCGUCUUGUAGACGGCAGCAUUCCAUCUGAGGGCCGGGUUGAAGUUCUCCACAGCGGACAAUGGGGAACAAUCUGUGAUGAUACCUGGGGUAUAGAGGAAGCUGAGAUAGUAUGUCAGCAGCUUGGUUACUCCAGCGCUACCGACGCAUUAGCGAAUGCGUAUUUCGGGGAGGGUGGUGGCGAAAUCUGGCUGGAUAAUGUGCAUUGCAGUGGGUCAGAGUCGGGGAUACACCUAUGUUCUCAUGAAGGAUGGGGUGUCCAUAAUUGUCAGCACUACGAGGAUGCAGGAGUCAGAUGCUUCAAUGAUGAAGGAUCGUUGAGACUGGUAGAUGGAACAGCAAGUUCUGAGGGUCGGGUUGAGAUUUACCACGACUCUGAAUGGGGUACCAUCUGUGAUGAUGGAUGGGGAAUCGAAGAGGGGAUAAUAGUGUGUAAGCAGCUAGGAUACAGUUCAGCUUUAUCAGUCCAGUCGGGAGCACACUUUGGUAGUGGAUCAGGGGCGAUCUGGUUAGAUGAUGUGGAUUGUAACGGGUCUGAUGAGACUAGACUAGAUGGAUGUUCUCGUGGAGGAUGGGGGGUACAUGACUGCACCCAUCAGGAGGAUGUUGGUGUUCGCUGUUCUCAAAUGAUAGCUGAGAACAGUCUUCGUUUGACUGAUGGUCAUGAUAUGUCAGAAGGUCGUGUAGAGAUCUAUCAUGACGGUGCAUGGGGUACAGUGUGUGAUGAUGGAUGGGAUAUACCUGAGGCAAAGAUCGUAUGUCGUCAGCUAGGUUUCCCGGGUGUGGUCAGCUCUCAUAGUCAAGCAACCUUUGGUCAAGGUACAGGGCAGAUCUGGUUUGAUAACGUGGAUUGCUCGGGUACGGAGAGCAAGCUUUCUAGCUGCAGUCACAACGGAUGGGGGAACCACAAUUGCCACCACAGUGAAGAUGCUGGGGUGACAUGCCAGAAAGCUGUAGGAGAUAUAACAGGAGCUGUGGCCCUGGUGAAUGAUCAGGGUAGAAACUGGUAUGGAAGGGUGCAGGUCUACUACAAUGACACCUGGGGGACAGUCUGCGGCAACCUGUGGAGCUGGAACGAAGCUAAGGUGGUGUGUACUUCACUGGGCUUUGAUGACGUAGACAAGUGGAUGCUGAAUGCUGAUGCUGGUGAAGGUCCUAUAUGGUUGGAUAACGUUCAGUGUGAUGGCACGGAAAGCUCUCUGGUUUACUGUACGAAUGCAGGAUGGGGUGUCCAUAGCUGCGACCACACCCAAGAUGUCGCCAUAAGCUGUUACAAUCACAGCGGACUAAAAGUGGGUCAUAUCAUUGGUAUCCUAGGAGGAGUUGUGAGCUUAGUUAUCCUGGCUCAAUAUUUAAAAACAAUCUACCAGAAACACCGAUGUUGUACCCGCAGCACGACUUCUACUACACCGAUGUCUGCUCCUACUACUACACCUCAUCACCCUCAUCGCACCCCAAUGAACAGAGAAGAUAAUCCUGGUAUUGGUAAUCCAGGUUUCAGUGGGAAUUACUAUUCUCGGCCAGACACAGCCCCUCCUUCAUAUGACUCAAUAUUUAAAUAUUCCACGUAUCCUCAAGGCCCACCACCUGAUCCUGCCAUAUUCUCUCCAGAGGGGGGCACCUGUUCCCCUCCACCACCAUACUUGCCCCCAUCGUCCACCUUGGAUGCUUUCACAGAAGAGCCACCUCAGAGUGGUUCCAGAAACUCUAAUUAUUCACAUUCGGCUUCUCCAGACAGAUCCUUUACCAUGGCGCCUGUCAACUAGUAUUCCACUUCGAAUAAUAUUUUUUUAAAUAUGCUUCCACUUUAUAGUGGUUCAUCAAUUAAGAACUGAAGCUAUAUACAGGAAUAAUCUGUUUGAGAUAUUGUAAUGAAAUAGGCAAUUGCUGAACUCCCAAAGGAUUCCUACAUACAUUAAAUGACCAAACUCAAGUUUAAACAGAUGUUAAAGAGAAGGUUCAUUGAUUUAAAAAACUAACUUUAAUGUCAUUAUUGCAAAGGUGACACUUUGAUUGGCCAAGGUUAUCAAAAGCCAAUGCUUGGAAACAAUUGAAGUAAUGAUUUACAAAACGGUUAUUUACAGCCCCGACAUAGGACCCGAAAAGGCUCCCCGGUCGCUACUGAGAUAUGACGUCACAAUCAUGUUGAACAUGAUGUGCACAAGCAGACGAUGUACAUGUAUGCAUGCAAUCUCUGCAGGUCUCUUUAAAUUUGCCAUAUGCUCUGUAAAGAUGCACUGACAUUUGUUCAGCCAGAAAAUAUAAAAAUAUGAUGUAAACAUAAAUGUCAAACAGUAAAAUCAAAUCUGUUGAUUGUAUCAGUUGUUCCGAGUCAUAUGCACACUGAAUCACACACUGAAUUUAGAAAGCUCAAUGCCUACUGUGUUUUAGAUUUCAGUUUAAUAUCAAUUAAAAUGACAGCAAUACAUGUCAUUUGGGAAUUACAUUUCAUUCUGAAGUACUGUUCAAUCAAAAAUUGUAAACUCUGCUGCAUUUACCUUUAAUGCUCAUAAAUUCGUGAUUCAUGCUUCUAUUCAGCAGACCAGAUGAUAAUAAGAUAUCUGUACGUGCAGUUAUUAUCAUCGGUCUCUCAAUGGUUAAUCUCAGGGAGAUAGCUUAUACAAAUCCAGUCUCCCUCUGGUAGAAAUUUCAUAAUGCAAGUAUUCUAAAGUGAACAUUUGGGCUUCAACAUGAUUUUUUUUUUGUGUAUCCCAUAUUGUAAAAUUAAUGUUAAUGAAAGUCGUUUGAACCACUUUGAAUUGAACGAAAACUGCAUUGAAGUGCAUUGUAGGUCAACGAAUCGUUGACUUCUUAUAACUUCCAGUUUGACCGUUGUUGGCAUUUGUGUGUGGAAUAUAAUAUACAUACAUAUGUAUGUAUAUAUUUAUAUAUAUGUGUUUGUGAACUGUGAAUAUUUGCAAAACAUCUGGAAUGUCUUUCAGUUUUUUUCUACCUGCAAAAUUCAUGUUGGCAGUAAUUAUGUAUAAAAAACGGACAAGAUUUUUUCCAUAUAAUGCUGAAAAUGAUGCCUGGUACAGUAGUUCUAUGCACUAGGAACAGACAAUAUACUUAUGCCUCAAUGGUACAGUUGUAUUUUGUAUUUAUUGUAGAAGAUACAAAUUUGAGAGUUAUAGAUAAGCUAGUGUUGUACUAGUCAUCCAGAAAAGGCCUUAUUAAAAUAUGUGUCAGCUUGGAAAGUUGAUUGUUUUAUACAGAUA